UCAACGAAAUAUAUGGCCAAUCGGCCCAAUUGGGCCCAUCCAGAUGCGGCCUUUCACCGUGGAAGAGCCCUCGACCAACAGGUCCAACCAGCAGCGAGCGAGGACCUGGGCAUUGUUGGAAUCGCUUCCUGUCUAGGGUUUCACCCGCGUGCCUUAUAUAUCCUAUCACUUCCCGCCCAGCCGCCAUCUCCGCAUUUCCAUCUUCCCGUGGGAUCCCAGCCGCCGCCGCAAGAAGAAGAGCUCGGGGACUUCCAGGUGUCGCGAGAAGAUGGUCCUAGUGUUGCCGACAUCGCUGACGGACCCAGACAAUGUUAUUCUGCUCUGGUUUUGUACAAUCUCUGUCCGAAGCAGAUCCACGAGAUCAAGGAUUUCCUUCUCACCGCGAGGAGGAAGGAUGCCCGAUCAGUGAAGAUCAAGAGGAGCAAGGAUGUUGUCAAGUUCAAGGUCCGCUGCUCCAAGUACUUGUACACCCUCUGCGUAUUCGACGCUGAGAAGGCAAACAAGUUGAAGCAAUCUCUCCCCCCAGGCUUGAGCGUCCAGGAGGUUUGAUUGGAUACAUGGCAACGUCGGGUCGAACCUCUAGGGCAUCUUUAUCAUUAGCAGAGCAUGCUGUUUAUGUAGUUUUGGACCUUAAGCUAUUAGACAUGUCAGUGUUGGAUUUGUGGAUCUUGAAUUUUUGGAGAAAUACCAAUUUGCCUCGUUCAAGGACGCACCUUUCAGUUUUUUCUUAUUUAACUGCAUGUUCCCCUUCGCAACUUAGCUCUGCAAACUUACUAGAUUUUUGUGGUUUUAUAUGUAUCCCAUGUGGAUAAGUAGCAGAAACAUGGCUAAUUCGCCCAUCCAUCGACAUGUCAAGAUGAACUCAUAUUUUGGGGGCUGAUGCUAUUAAAAAUUUUAUCAUAAA